CUAGUAGGUGAGGCGACCAACAGGCUGACAAAGACUUCUUUGUACAGGAGGUGGAGGAGAAGCAGCGGGCGGCUCGGGGGCUGCCAGGCAGCCCCUUCUCUUCGCCACAUUCUGCCCACAUCACUUGCAAGGAGUCGCUGGACUGUGUGAGGACGUUUGGAUGCUGUGAGCAAUCUACGGCUGGCCAUAGUAUGCGAUCUGACGGCGGGAUGUCCUGGAGGCAGGCUGGGGGGCUGCCAUGUGUCCUGCUGGUACUGCUGGCACUUCGGGCUGCAGGUGAAAUGGAUUUGCCAGAUUCAAAUGAACCUUUGGGUCAAAUGGAUAGUCAUGACCGGCUUGUGCCAACUCCACGUGGACACUUUCUGACAUUUCUGGAACCUGUAAACAACAUCACAAUUGUCCAAGGUCAAGCAGCCACCCUUCAUUGCAAGGUGGCCGGAAAUCCGCUCCCAAAUAUGAAGUGGCUGAAGAAUGAUGCUCCGGUGGUGCAGGAGCCCAAGAGAAUUACCAUAAGAAAAACAGAAUAUGGUUCACGGCUGAGGAUACAGGACCUGGACACCACAGACACUGGAUACUAUCAGUGUGUUGCCACAAAUGGAAUAAAGACCAUUAGUGCUACUGGGGUUCUUUUUGUCAGACUUGGACCGACGCACAGUCCAAAUCCUAACAUUCAAGAUGACUACCAGGAAGAUGGGUUCUGUCAGCCCUACAGGGGCAUUGCCUGUGCCAGAUUCAUUGGAAACAGAAGCAUUUAUGUGGAUUCCCUCCAGAUGCAGGGUGAAAUUGAAAACCGAAUUACGGCGGCAUUUACCAUGAUCGGCACAUCUACCCAUCUCUCAGACCAGUGCUCCCAGUUUGCCAUCCCAUCAUUUUGCCAUUUUGUGUUCCCGCUUUGUGACGAGCGCUCUCGAACCCCAAAGCCAAGGGAGUUAUGCCGGGAUGAGUGUGAAGUACUGGAGAACGACCUGUGCCAUCAGGAAUACAACAUUGCUCGCUCUAAUCCUCUUAUACUCAUGCAGCUCCACCUCCCAAACUGCGAAGAACUGCCCCUACCAGAGAGCCCUGAGGCUUCAAACUGCAUGAGAAUCGGAAUCCCAGUGGAGAGGAUGAACAGAUACCAGCAGUGCUACAAUGGUACUGGUACUGAUUAUCGAGGAUCAGUCAGUGUGACCAAGUCUGGACACCAGUGCCAACCAUGGAACAGCCAGUUCCCACACAGUCACCAGCUGUCUGCUGCGGAAUAUACAGAAAUUGGUGGGGGGCAUGCAUACUGCCGUAACCCUGGUGGCCAGAUGGAGGGUCCGUGGUGUUUUACACUGAACAAGAAUGUGCGCACAGAGCUAUGUGACGUGCCUGCUUGCCGCACUCGUGAUAAUACAAAGUUGGAAAUCCUGUACAUAUUGGUUCCCAGUAUUGCUAUCCCAUUGGUCAUUGCCUGUCUCUUCUUCCUGGUCUGCAUGUGCCGCAAUAAACAGAAAGCAUCAGGUGCUACACCGCAGAGACGUCAACUAAUGGCCUCACCUAGCCAAGACAUGGAGAUGCCUCUUAUGAACCAGCACAAGCAACAGGUCAAAGUAAAAGAAAUAAACCUGUCCACUGUGAGGUUCAUGGAAGAGCUGGGUGAAGAUCGUUUUGGGAAAGUUUAUAAAGGUCAUCUCUUUGGUACUGCUCCUGGUGAACAGACACAGACAGUUGCUAUUAAGACCCUGAAAGACAAAGUGGAAGUGGCUCUUCGUGAGGAAUUUAAACAUGAAGCCUUGAUGAGGUCUAGGUUGCAGCACCCAAACAUUGUCUGUCUUGUUGGUACAGUGACCAAGGAACAGCCCAUGAGCAUGAUAUUCAAUUACUCUCCACUCAGUGACCUUCAUGAGUUCCUAGUCAUGAGAUCUCCACACUCUGAUGUAGGCAGCACAGAUGAUGACAAGACUGUGAAGUCUAACUUGGAGCCAGCUGAUUUCCUCCACAUUGUUACCCAGAUAGCUGCAGGAAUGGAAUUCCUGUCAAGUCACCAUGCUGUACACAAAGAUUUGGCUGCCAGAAAUAUUUUAGUCUUUGAUAAAUUGACUGUUAAAAUUUCUGAUCUUGGCCUGUUUCGAGAAGUGUAUUCUGCAGACUACUAUAAACUAGUGGGGAAUUCAAUGCUCCCAAUAAGAUGGAUGGCCCCGGAAGCAGUUGCAUAUGGUAAAUGCACCAUCGAUUCUGAUAUUUGGUCCUAUGGUGUGGUGUUGUGGGAAAUCUUCAGUUAUGGCUUGCAGCCAUAUUGUGGAUAUUCCAACCAAGAUGUCAUUGAAAUGAUAAGGAACCGACAACUGCUACUUUGCCCAGAUGAGUGCCCAGCUUGGAUAUAUUCCCUCAUGCUUGAGUGCUGGAAUGAGUUUCCUGCUAGAAGGCCUAGAUUUAAGGAUAUUCAUACAAGACUAAGAACAUGGGAAAAUAUGUCUAACUAUAACAGUUCUGCACAAACGUCUGGAGCAAGCAACACAACACAGACAAGCUCACUUAGUACAAGUCCAGUUAGCAAUGUCAGCAAUACUAGAUAUGUUGAACUGAAGCCCAAAGGGCGGCCAUUUCCACAACCACAGUUUUUACCAAUGAAAGGACAGAUUAGAUCAAUGGUUUCACCCCCUCAACUCUACAUUCCAGUCAAUGGCUAUCAACAGAUGGCUGCUUACUUUUAUCCAGUCCAGAUACCAAUGCAAAUGGCUCCUCAGCAAAUGCCACCACAAAUCAUUCCAAAACCUGGAUCACAUCACAGCGGGAGUGGCUCCACAAGCACCGGUUAUGUAACGACUGCACCAUCAAAUAACUCAAUGGCCGACAGAGUGGCUCUUCUAGCUGAUGGAAGUGAUGAGGCACAUGCAACAGCAGAGGACAUUUCUCAGAACCCUGUUCGAGAGGAAGAAGAUGGCUCCGUACCAGAGACAGAAUUGCUGGGAGAUAACGAUACCUCGCCAUUAGAUGAAACAGAUAUGCAUUCGGAAGCUUAAACUCCCUUUGUUUACUAGGAGGCUUCAUUUUCACUUGAAUAGUACAGCUAAGUGAGUCAAAUAAUUCAUAUGGUGCCUAUAUUCCAAGCUAAAGCUAGAGCCAUAGUUUUCCUUAGUGUUGGCAGCAGCAACACUCAGGAUUUCCCAAAAGGUACGCCAUUUUAAAGUAAAAAUGUACUGUUGCUGUGCAACAUACGGCUGAGUACCAAUGCACAACAUGUGUAACCCAGACUGUGAUUGUAAAUUUAAUAGAAAGUACCAUGUUCUUUUUUUUAGGAAAAAAGGAAGAGUGCAAAUGAAAUAGACUUGCUGCAUAAACUGCAUUUUUUCCCAUAAUCUUGCAACAUAUCUUACAGGGUGAGCUUAUCAUUCCUAAACAUUAGCCACAGUGGCUACUAAUUAUCUACAAAUGGUUGCAGAAUGUGACAAGAUGGCGUCUGUGUCACAUAACUUUUGCUCCAGUGUGGAGAGAAUGUUUCUCCUUUGGUUUCUUUACAUCACAUACACUUCAUCUGUAUACAUGUUGGGAAAACAAGAGGUGAAAAGUGUAUCAUGGACUAACGUUCAAACAGCAUCACUUGUAACCUGAAUUAAGGCUCUGAAUUUCUUUCUAUUUUAGAUUAGUAUCUAACUAGAUAUGACAACUAGUUUCACACACUGCUGAUGCAGAUAUCAAGAUGUUUUUGAAAAUGAAUGCUUUUGAAAGAAAUCAGUUCUA